AUGGCGGCCCAGGAGCCUCUCCACGUGAAAACCCCACUUCGUGACAGUAUGGCUCUGUCUAAAGUGGCUGGCACCAGUGUGUACCUAAAGAUGGACAGCUCUCAGCCCUCAGGCUCCUUCAAGAUCCGAGGCAUUGGGCACCUCUGCAAGACGAAGGCAGAACAAGGCUGUAAACAUUUUGUCUGCUCUUCAGCGGGCAACGCGGGCAUGGCAACUGCUUAUGCUGCCAGAAGGCUGGGCAUCCCAGCCACUAUCGUCGUACCCAGCACCACACCUGCCCUCACCAUCGAGCGGCUCAAGAGUGAAGGCGCCACAGUUGAAGUGGUGGGAGAGAUGUUGGAUGAGGCCAUCCAACUGGCCAAGGCUCUGGAAAAGAACAACCCAGGGUGGGUGUACAUCCCCCCUUUCGAUCAUCCCCUCAUCUGGGAAGGCCAUACUUCCAUCGUGAAGGAACUGAAGGAAACGCUGAGUGCCAAGCCUGGAGCCAUUGUGCUAUCAGUGGGCGGCGGGGGCCUGAUGUGCGGAGUAGUCCAGGGGCUGCAAGAGGUGGGCUGGGAGGAUGUGCCCAUCAUUGCCAUGGAGACCUUUGGCGCCCACAGCUUCCAUGCUGCCAUCAAGGAAGGAAAGCUGGUCACCCUGCCCAAGAUCACCAGUGUUGCCAAGGCCUUGGGUGUGAACACUGUGGCGGCACAGACCUUGAAGCUGUUUUACGAACAUCCCAUUUUCUCUGAGGUCAUCUCAGACCAGGAGGCUGUGGCUGCCAUCGAGAAGUUUGUGGAUGAUGAGAAGAUCCUGGUGGAGCCUGCGUGUGGGGCAGCACUGGCCGCAGUGUACAGUGGAGUGGUGCGCAGGCUGCAGGAUGAAGGCCGGCUGCCAGCCUCGCUGGCCUCAGUGGUCGUCGUUGUGUGUGGUGGCAGCAACAUCAGCCUGGCGCAGCUGCAGGCCCUUAAGGUGCAGCUGGGCCUGAAUGGACUGCCCAAGUGA